ACUACCAUUGCACAUUUUGCAACGGAGCUAAGCGUAGCUAGAGCAAGAGAGAUUUGCGCGAUGGGGAGCGGGAAGAAGAGGGCGGCGCUUGCGUCCCUGUUCGGGUUCAAGAACAAGAGACAGGAGGAGGAGGAAGAGGCCACGGCGGCGAGGCGGCAGCAGCAGCAUGUGGCGGCAGCGCCGCAGCAGAGGUACCAGCAUCACAGGGUGCGGCCGAGCGACGACGACGACUACGCCCGGCACUGGUACGCCGAACGCGACAUCGACCGGAAGGCCUCCGAGUUCAUCGACAAGGUCCACCGCCGGAUGCUCGCCAACGAGCAGGACGGAUAGUAUAGCCACUGGCCGGGUGGUCUAUCUCGUCGAUCUUUGCUGCUAGCUAGAUCGUGCAUGCAGGCUGUGUGCACAUGCAUGGUUGCUUGCUUGUGUGUGUGUGUGUGUGAGAUUAAUUUCUUUGUUUUGAUUGGGUAUCAGUUACUUUGUUGUUUCCAUGUGGCCGAAUGUGUAUGUGUAAUUAGACCAUGAUGACGUGUACAUGUUGCCGUGUCCGAUGAUA